AUGAUUUGGGGGGCGAAAAUCAUCGCAGGUUGUGAGAGUAGAAAGCCCUUUUGCAACUCAGUUCUUAUUGAGGAGUUUAAGACGACUGUUCCCUCUUUAUGUUUGCGAACAGCCACUGGAGACCCGACCCCGAUUUUAGGAGAGGUUAUCGUGCAGAUUAACCUCUUUGGAUGUGUCGACUCUCCGCACAAGGUUUUUGUCGCAGAUAUCGAGGAUGAAGGUAUUUUGGGUUUAGAUUUCCUCACAGCUCAUGAUUGCGUGAUUUCCACUCAGAGGAAUUCUCUGCCGUCUAACAGCCGCGAAAUCCCUCUCUGCUCUAAGAAAAGAAGAGUGAACUGGACUCCUCCAAAAGUACGAAAAGUGGAACUCUCUGAAGACAAUCACCAAGAUCUGCCCCCUCCGCAUCUAGGAAAUCUUUUCGAAAGAUCGUCAGCCACGCUGAAUUUGCAACAGGAAGAAUUCUUUAAAUCUGUUUUAUUCAAGUACGCAGAUUCUUUAGCAGUCAACAGCGGAGACAACGGGAGAUGUACGUCGGUAAAACACAAGAUCGACGUCGGAAGCAAUCCUCCAAUUAAACAAGCUCCCCGGAGGCUCGCCCUCAACGGCAGGGAAAAAGUGAAGAAACUCGUUGAAGAUAUGCUGACCAACGACGUAAUCGAGCCUUUUUCCAGCUUCUGGGGUUCUCCGAUCGUCCUGGUCAACAAAAAGGACGGCUUCUUUUAUUUGGACGACAUAAUCGUCUUCGAGAAGGACUUUGAGGAAGAAGUGGACCAGCUCGAACAAGUCUUCUCCAGAAAGAAGUCAGCUUCCUCCGCUGAAGGAGUGAGGGCCGAUCCCUCCAAGAUCGAGAAGGUCUCUGCUUGGCCGACACCGACGAACAAGGAGCAGGUUCAAAGCUUUUUGGGCCUCUGCACCUAUUACAGAAGAUUCGUAAAAGGUUUCGCCACGAUAGCCAAGCCCCUGCAUCGUCUCACAGGAAUCAAGAUUCCAUUCGACUGGACUCCGGAAUGCCAAGAAGCCUUCAAGAGAUUGAAAGAAAAUCUUACUUUUUCCCCGAUUUUAGCCUAUCCAGAGGUCGAACGUCCUUUUAUUUUAGAUACAGACGCCUCUUUGUCAGGGAUAGGUGGAGUCUUGUCACAGAUACAGGAAGGUCAAGAGAGAGUGAUUAGCUAUUACAGCAGAGUCCUUAGUAAGCCUGAGAGAAACUAUUGUGUUACUCGUAGAGAACUCUUAGCUGUUGUUAAAACCGUUUACAACAUGGAAACGCUGACGCUCUUUCUCGAAGGCCCUGCGAAGAAACAACAGAUUGUAGGCAAUGUACUCGCCUUGAAAAAUACAGAGAUCCUCCUCCUACAAUACGAAAGAUUUCUAUUGGAGAAAACCUUCAAGAUUGAAAAAAUCUCAACAUGA